GUAUCUUGAUUCCAAGUAUGAGCUUAGUUUACGGUAAUUGGUUUGAAAAUGGAAAUAAAUAACGAAACAACGAACGAGAUCGAAGCAUAACAUUGGAGCGAUCAUGUCUUUCAUUAUUUUCACCAAUCAUUAUCAACUCCUUCACUUCCUCUUCUUCCUUAUCAUCACUAUUACUCCUUCUUCGCUUGCUCAAUCACAACACAAUCAGUUUUGUGUAGCUGGAAUUGGAUACGGAGAGUCCACAUGUGGAACUUCAUCAUCAUCAUCAUCCAACAAGUUGUUGAUCAAAGGUGGUACUGUUGUCAAUGCUCAUCACCAACAGAUUGCUGAUGUUUAUGUCGAAGACGGCAUCAUUGUUGCUGUUAAUCCAACUAUCGCGGUUGGAGAUGAUGUAUAUGUCAUUGAUGCCACUGGCAAGUUUGUUAUGCCAGGAGGCAUUGAUCCUCAUACCCAUCUUGAGAUGGAGUUUAUGAACACUGUGGCGGUGGAUGACUUCUUCAGUGGUCAGGCCGCGGCAUUGGCUGGUGGUACAACAAUGCACAUUGACUUUGUUAUACCAACUAAUGGGAGUUUAACCGCUGGUUUUGAAGCCUAUGAAAAGAAGGCAAAGAAAUCUUGCAUGGACUAUGGUUUCCAUAUGGCUAUUACCAAAUGGGAUGAAACUGUUUCAAGAGAAAUGGAGCUCAUGGUCAAGGAGAAAGGUAUCAAUUCUUUUAAGUUUUUCAUGGCUUACAAAGGAUCUCUUAUGAUCAGUGAUGAGUUGCUUCUAGAAGGAUUUAAAAAGUGCAAGUCUCUUGGUGCCUUAGCUAUGGUCCACGCAGAAAAUGGAGACGCUGUGUAUGAAGGGCAAAAGAAAAUGAUAGAGCUUGGAAUAACUGGACCUGAAGGGCAUGCUCUAUCAAGGCCUGCAGUGUUGGAAGGUGAGGCAACUGCUCGUGCUAUUCGGUUAGCAGAUUUUGUAAAUACUCCUUUGUAUGUGGUUCAUGUCAUGAGCAUUGAUGCAAUGGAAGAAGUUGCGAAGGCCAGGAAAUCAGGACAAAGAGUAAUUGGAGAGCCUGUACUAUCUGGGUUAGCCCUUGACGACUCUUGGCUUUGGCAUCCUGACUUUGAUACUGCAGCAAAGUAUGUCAUGAGUCCCCCUAUUAGGAAACAAGGACAUGAUAAGGCCCUACAAGCUGCCCUCUCAACAGGAGUUUUACAGCUGGUAGGAACUGAUCAUUGCGUCUUUAAUUCCACCCAGAAAGCUUUUGGAAUUGACGAUUUCCGGAAAAUUCCUAACGGGGUCAAUGGUAUUGAAGAAAGGAUGCGCGUGGUAUGGGAUAUCAUGGUGGAAUCUGGCCAAAUAUCUGUCACCGACUAUGUCCGCUUGACAAGUACUGAAUGUGCUAGAAUCUUCAAUAUAUAUCCAAAGAAAGGAGCGAUUCUUCCUGGCUCUGAUGCAGAUAUUAUAAUUCUCAAUCCAAAUUCAAGCUUUGACAUAACUGCAAAGUCACACCACUCUAGAGUGGACACAAAUGUCUAUGAGGGAAGGAAAGGAAAGGGGAAAAUUGAAGUGACUGUAGCAGGAGGAAGAGUUGUUUGGGAAAAUAAUGAAUUGAAGGUUGUUCCUGGUUCUGGGAGAUACAUUCAAAUGGCACCUUUUAGUUAUCUGUUUGAUGGAAUCGACAAGAAGGAUGCCGCUUACCUAAAUUCCCUUCAAGCCCCAGUUAAGCGGGCAAAGUCCACUGCUUAAUUUCUGUCAUCAUUGGUUAGGGAGGGAGGGAGAUAAAGUAUGCAAUUCCAGUUGUCUGAUCAAAUAAAGAAGAAUAUGUAUAUUUCAUGUACAAUGCACUGGCAGUAGUAAAGCAUCAUGUAUAUAUAAUUUAAUUCAUCAUCAUCAUAAUAAUAAUAAUAAUAUAUAUUUUGUUCGUGCAACAUUUUCCAUUGAUGUAAUGUCUAUUGCUUAGACAGUAUCAUAAGCAAUUGAAGAAAAGUGACCAUAGCUUUCAUAAGAUACUGUACAAUGUGUAUUGGUCAAGUUUCCAUUGAACUUGUCUCAUCUACACAAAAUUUUACAAGGCAUAGAUCCUAGUACUUUUUAUAGCAUUAUAGCAUGCCAUUGUUUUGAA